AAAGCAACGUACACAGCGACCUAUAUAUCAAAGAACACGGUACAGUAAAGCUGAAAAAUGUCUUCUACCCAGUUCGGCAACAAUGAUUUUGCACAGCCCCACCCUGCUUACCCCCCACCUGCCCAGUGGAAUGUUCCUCCGGGUGCCCCUGGACAUUAUCUACCUCCUAACCCUCAGAUGUGGAAUGCCCCUAUGACGCAGCAGUGGAACAAUCCAGCAUUUACAGUUAUACCUCAUGUGACCCAGCCAGCUGCGUUCCAUCAAGAAUUUCUGAAGGGUAAACCAAAAGCCCUUGGGAUUGUCCUGAUCGUUUGGGGCAUUUUACACAUUGCCAUGGGUAUUGGCCAGCUUUUCACUUCAUUCCUUACUACUGUGAUCAGUGGAGUCGCAUAUUGGGGAGCUAUUUUUAACAUCAUUGCAGGAUCUUUAACAGUGGCAGCUACGUCCAAGCCUUCCAUGUGUCUGAUACAAGGUUCCCUGGGCUUGAGCAUUGUUAUAACAAUUAUCUCUGUGCUCGGAUUGACACUGAACAUUGUGGAUUACUUCUCCUAUUAUUACUGCCUUGGUUAUUAUUAUUAUCCUUGUAUUAUUGGAGGUGAUGUUCUCCGUGGAUUUUUCAUUGCUACAUAUAUUGUGCAGUUCUCCAUUUGCGUUAGAUUGGCUGUGGUUGGCUGCCGAGCUCAGAAACAUUCAAAAUCAUCAGUACCCACUCAGGUGUUUCUGGUACAGAAUGGUAAUGCAUUUUUGCAAACAUCUGCAGUUCCUGGAUCCUAUCCGGCCUACCCUCCACAAUAACCACCCCAGCAACCUUACAUGACACAACGUGGGAUGAUCGGUGGACGUGUCUUUCUUUUAUUCCUUUGUUUCACGACCCCUCCCCCUUAUAUAAGCUCUAUAAUUGAUUUAGUUGUUGGGUUUUUGUAAAGAUCCUUUCUAUCUUUCCCACAUGGUGCUUCACAGAUCCACGCUGCUACUACUUUAUGAAUAUUUAUAGUGUCCCAAAGUGUUUGGCUUCAAUAACUUUCAAAUGUGUACAGGCUUUGUGAGAAAUGAAGAUGCUCAAUGCAGUAAUACAGAAGAAUAAUAAAAUAAAUCAAUUGCCAUUGA